AUGGUUUUGGAAGCGAAUGAUAAAGACAGACUCGAUGAGGUAGAUAGUAUUUUGGCAGCUGAGGACGGCCAGAUCAAACGCUCUCGUGAUCCGAAGAUGUGCCAUCAUAAUGCUCGACAGAAAUGUGCUCAUUGUCUUCCUAUAGAUCCGUAUGAUGAAGAAUAUCUGAAGUCGAAGGACAUCAAGCACAUGUCGUUUCAUGCCCAUGUGCGCAAGCUGACAUCAGGACAUGGCAAAGGUUCCACACUGAAGCGUCCGCUAGAGAACAUACGAGCUACUAUCGAUUUGACUUGUCCAGCUCACAAACCGUAUCCAAAAGGUGUUUGUACAAAGUGUAAACCGCCAAUGAUGACGUUAAAUCGUCAGAAAUACCGGCAUGUUGACAACAUUUUUUUCGAAAACCAAGAUCUCGUGAAUGACUUUUUGAAUUUCUGGAGGACAACAGGAAACCAGCGUAUUGGAUACUUAAUCGGGAAGUACCAGCCGUUCUCAGACGUUCCUCUUGGUAUAAAAGCAACCGUUGCAGCAAUAUACGAGCCACCUCAGAACUGCACACCAGAUAGUGUUGAACUACUUGAAGACUCCAACGAAAAUGCUGUGAAUCAGCUUUGCAACUGGUUGGGAUUACGGCGUGUAGGUUGGAUUUUUACAGAUCUUUGGUCUGCUGACCGAGUGAAAGGAACAGUUCACUGCACAAGGCAUAAGGAUGCGUUCUUCCUUUCAGCUGAAGAGUGCAUAACAGCUGGAUUUCUUCAGUCAAUGCAUCCAAACGUAACUGAGUAUUGCUCUGACCGAUAUUUCGGCUCGAAAUUCGUGACCGUGGUUGCAAGUGGAGAUGAGCAAGAGCAAGUAAACUUCCAUGGAUACCAGGUUUCAAACCAGUGCACUGCUCUUGUGGAAGCACAACUUCUUUGUCCGACAAAUCAUCCGGAACUGGCCUACAUUAGGGAGAAGCCACUUUCAGACACGCACUACAUAACUGAUGUACAAUACACGGAAAAGAAUCAGUACGGGGCUGAAGUGCUAAAGAAUGGUCGUCCAUUGCCGGUGGAUGUGCCAACCGGUAUGCCUAAAGAGCCACAAUAUACCUUCCCACCUCCUCCAACAACUCGUUUUGCCAUUGAAAAUCGAGAAACAAUGGGUGAGACACAGGGAGGGGAGAAUAUGACUGCUUAUUGUGCCCAGUUUACUCAGAAUCAAUCCUUGGAGCAAGCAACCAACUUCCACUUCCUACUCUAUCUUAUUACCAAUCAUCUUGUACAAUUUAGCGAAACCGAAAUACAGAGGCUUUGUUUCGCAGUCAGUACACAAGAUCGACAAGCAGCAAUUGAGUGGACCCUGGAAACAGCAAACUGGCAGCAACUCGUCGCACUCUGUCUCGAGCAAGGGCAAAGCCAUGCAUCAGCAGCAGGAACAAAAUGGUCCUGCAAACAUUGCACUUUCGAGAACACCGAGCUACGAGCGGACUGUUCUAUGUGCGGUCUGCCACCGAAUGAAUAA